AUGCAGGAACCUCAACGGCUCUAUCCAUCUCUAAAUACUCUUCAGGGCCAAUUGGGUGGCUCAUUGGCUCAGCAGUCUUCGGGACGAUAUUCGCCAUCGUCUGCGUAUAGAAAUCGAAUGCAACCGUUCAACAACUCGCUGUUCGGAUCUUUCGAUGAUCCGUUGUUCCAAGCGCGAGCAGCUCAAGCAGCUCUGGCUGACAUGGAUGUGAAAGUGAACAUUACAAAUCCUCUGAUGCGACCUCACGAUAUGUUCAGUAACUAUCUUAUGGGUUCAACGCAAGACCCAACUAAUAUAUAUCACGGCUUACCAGCCACUUCUGAAGGUUUUGAUGCAUCGGUUCUUGUCCCGACAUCAUCUGACCAGGAUCAGAUGACCCCUUUGCAGCAGGUGAUGGCAAUGCAGAAUUACGGUGCUUCCUCACACUUCCCGCAAUAUCCAAUGGCAUCAUCGUUCCCAUCAGCUAUUCCCCCGCAAGUUGCUCGCUACCCGCUAGCUGCUCCAACUGCAGAAGUCGACACCGAUCCUAGAGAAUUGGAACGAUUUGCCGAACAUUUCAAACAGAGACGAAUCAAACUAGGUGUCACACAGGCAGAUGUUGGCAAGGCUCUGGCUCACCUGAAGAUGCCUGGAGUUGGAUCCCUGUCCCAAUCCACGAUAUGUCGCUUUGAGUCGCUCACACUUUCUCACAAUAAUAUGGUAGCAUUGAAACCCAUACUGCACAGUUGGCUAGAAAAAGCAGAGGAGGCAAUGAAGCAAAAGGAUGGUUGCGGUGACAUUUCGGGUAUCUUACCAAACACCGACAAAAAACGAAAACGAACCAGUAUUGCUGCGCCUGAGAAGCGAUUGCUGGAGGAUUACUUCAGACAACAACCGCGACCAUCCGGAGAGCGAAUCGCAGCUAUUGCCGAUAAGCUAGACUUGAAGAAAAAUGUAGUACGCGUAUGGUUCUGCAACCAGCGGCAAAAGCAGAAAAGAGAUUUCAGGUCACAAUUCCGGUGUCGAAACGGCGCUCCACAAGCGCCACGUCUGAUGCAGGCUGCUGGAGGCAAAUGUCCUCCACCGUUCGCCGCUCUUCCCGGAUAUUUCGACCAAAGUCAGCACACCAACUCAACUCUGUCACAGGAACUGAAAUUCUAG